AUGGCAACAACAUUGAUUAUGGGUUGUAUGGUUGUUUUAUUGAGUAGUAGGCAUUCAUGGGUUUCCGGAUCUUCUUCCUAUGAUGAAUAUAUUAGCAUUACAAAAUCACUCGAUACAAAAUAUUUAAUUUAUCAUUUUUCAAUGAAUCAGUUUCAUCGUGAAUCGGCAGGUCGUCAUGAUGAUGAUGUUUCAUUCUCUCAAUCUAAUUUAUAUCCGUAUAUUUUAGACAAGUAUGAUUUGAAGAAUUUACAAGUCACAAUGACAAGAGGUAGAUACCACUAUCGGGAUUGGGGCUUACUGAAAAGAAAGUAUUCCACGGAUGGUAGUGAAAAUGAUCACAAUGAAUCACCAUUUAUUUCAAUGCCACCAAGUGGUUUGACUGUAAAAGCCCAAUUUAACAAUUCUAACCAAACAACGAGUAGCAACAUCAAACAUAAAUGGGAUUACCUUGUCAAUGAAUUGAGCGGUCUGUUUUGUGCCAGCAUUAAUUUUUUAACUUUUGAUUCUCGAAGAGUCUAUGACAGUGGAAUUGUUAAUUUUAUGAACCAUGAUAUUGGAAAGAAUGACCAUUCGACAACUACUAUCUAUGGAACGCUGAGUGAAGAGACAGUGUGUACAGAAAAUUUAACUCCAUUCAAAUCUAUAUUACCGUAUAGAGGAAAUAGAGGAAUCAGUGCGCUAUUGAUACCUAAACUAUUAUUCGAUAGCGAUUAUGUGAGCUUGGUAUUGGAUAUUACAAGAAGGGGCAUAUUCAUGAACGUAUUUCGAGUGAUUAAAUAUAAUGAAGGAAAUGAAUACGAAAACUUCAAGUUUAUUACGUUUAAAAAGACCAAAUUACAAAUACCCUAUGGAAACAGCCAUAUUUAUGUAAAUGGUGCCGACAACGAGCUGCAAGACACGCAGAAAAUCGCUACAAAUUCUCCAGCUGACAAAACAAUUUCUAUCAGUACCACCAAUAAUUAUUUAUUGAAACGAAUAGUGAAUGAAAUGAAUGAUACUGGGAGUGAUCAUGCUCAUCCACUCAAUCUCAAUAUAUACAAUGUGAAUAAUAUUAAGAGUGGUUUUGAACAAGUAGUUCCAUCUCGUGUUCACGUUAUGAGAUAUCAGCUUGAUAACAAGCUCAUUACCAACAUUGAAAUAUUCAAUAACAGCGACACUGGUUUGGAAAAGGAAAAUUAUUGCCUCUAUGACGUCAUACCAUGGUACUUUAAAACAUUUAUACAUACUUUGAAAAUUGAUGGCCAGUCUAUUGAUCAAGCUCACAAGAAUCACAUGAUCAAAAGCAUGAAUAUUUUACCACAAAAAGAUAGAGUGAAUCCAUUUGUCAUGAAUUUAUGCUUCAACUUGACGUCAUUUAUUAGGAAAAGCCGAGGUCAAAGCGGUUCGUCAACUUCUAUCCAGGUGUCCAUUGAGUUUGAAAAGACUUAUUUAAAAUAUACUGAACAUGCUCCUGAUGCUAAUAGAGGAUUUGACUUGUCAAGUGCAAUAAUUAUUCACUCGAGUAAUGAAAACCCCAAUGACCUCUAUUACUACUACAGUGACAGUCUACUCAUCAAUCUUCCAACGCCAGAUUUCAGUAUGCCUUACAACGUUAUUACAUUGACAAGUACUGUGAUUGUGUUGUUCUAUGGAAGCAUGUUCAACUUGAUGAUUCGAAGAUUCAACGCCAAGUACGAAGAAGAACAUACCAAAUCAUUGCUAGACCGAAUACUUGGAGCAAUCUUCAGGAAGAGGACGGCCACCAAUUGA